CGGUUCCUCUCCGAUCGUCCCCAAUCCCCGUCCCCGUCGCACUCCUCCGCGCGCCACUGCCUCCCUGGCAGCACCAACAGCAACCCCACACGCAGCUUCGUCGGCUGGAACGCCCAAGGUUUCGUUUGCAUCCCUCUCGCUCUCGCCGUCUCACGUGCCCCGCGCUGCUCCUGCUCCUGCCCGCACCAUUGUUCGCUUUUGGGAUUCAGCCCAGGAAGUCACUCUUCACCACCUUCUCCAGUUCUCCAUAGGAGCACGCAGCACGCCUACGCUUCCAGCGCAUGGGGAUCGCGGGGCGGGUGACUGCCCCGCUGCCGCUGCGUCUCGGAUUCCCCGGCGUGGCUCCCCCGCGUUCCGCGGCGCAUCCGAGGAAGGGCGGGUGGGGGAGGAAGCGGAACCCCCCGUGUGCCGCCAACUCGCUGCAUCCUAGCAACAACAACCCGAGAGCGCGGCACCACGAUCCCAGCCUCAAGGUUCCCGGUGGCGAUGUCGACGGGAUGGGCGUUAACGGUGGCGCCGCCAAGCCCUCCCUCGCGCCGACGCCGCAGAAGAGGAGGCGCGCGCCGUGUGACGUGGAGGAGGAAGCGUGGGGGCUCCUCCGGGAGUCGGUGGUGCGCUACUGCGGCAGCCCCGUGGGCACGAUCGCCGCCUGUGACCCCAACGACGCCUGCCCGCUCAACUACGACCAGGUGUUCAUCCGGGACUUCGUGCCCUCCGGGAUCGCGUUCCUGCUCAAGGGGGAGUACGACAUCGUCCGCAACUUCAUCCUGCACACGCUCCAGCUCCAGAGCUGGGAGAAAACAAUGGACUGCCAUAGUCCGGGACAAGGGUUGAUGCCAGCUAGUUUCAAGGUGCGUGUUAUUCCACUCGAUGAUAAUGGCACAACAGAGGAAGUCUUGGAUCCUGAUUUUGGAGAGGCUGCUAUAGGCCGUGUGGCACCAGUUGAUUCAGGUUUAUGGUGGAUCAUAUUGCUGAGAGCAUACGGAAAAUGUUCAGGAGACAUGUCAUUUCACGAGAGAAUUGAUGUCCAGACUGGAAUAAAAUUGAUCUUGAAGCUUUGUUUAGCUGAUGGGUUUGACAUGUUCCCCACAUUGCUUGUCACUGAUGGCUCCUGCAUGAUAGAUCGUCGAAUGGGAAUCCAUGGACACCCAUUGGAAAUUCAGGCACUGUUCUAUUCAGCUCUCUUGAGUGCGCGUGAGCUGCUCACCCCAGAAGAUGGAUCGGCUGACUUGAUCCGUGCCCUAAAUAGCAGGCUUAUGGCGCUAUCUUUCCAUAUCAGGGAAUAUUAUUGGCUUGAUAAGAGAAAGCUAAAUGAGAUAUACCGAUACAAAACAGAAGAAUAUUCUUAUGAUGCUGUCAACAAGUUCAACAUAUAUCCUGACCAGAUUCCAUCCUGGCUAGUUGAAUGGAUCCCUCCGAAAGGGGGUUACUUCAUCGGAAACUUGCAGCCAGCUCACAUGGAUUUUCGAUUCUUCUCUCUGGGGAACUUGUGGUCUAUAGUAAGCAGUUUGGCAACAACCCAUCAAUCUCAUGCUAUUCUGGAUCUGGUCGAAGCCAAAUGGUCUGAUCUAGUGGCAGAGAUGCCAAUGAAGAUAUGUCAUCCUGCUCUUGAGGGUCAAGAAUGGAAAUUUAUUACAGGGAGUGACCCUAAGAACACGCCUUGGUCUUACCAUAAUGGAGGUUCCUGGCCAACUUUAUUGUGGCAGCUCACAGUGGCAUGUAUCAAGAUGGACCGGCCUGAAAUUGCAGCGAGAGCUGUGGAGGUGGCUGAAAGGCGUAUUUCCUCAGAUAAAUGGCCUGAAUAUUACGAUACCAAGCGUGCGCGGUUCAUUGGCAAACAGGCCCGACUUUUCCAAACCUGGUCUAUUGCCGGCUUCCUUGUGGCCAAGCUGCUGCUGGAAAACCCUGAAAAAUCUAGAAUACUCUGGAACAAUGAAGACGAGGAAAUUCUUAACGCUCUGAGUCUCAUGGCUGAUGCAUCCAAUUCAAAGAGGAAGCGUGGCAGGAAAGUACUGAAGAGGACAUACAUUGUGUAACUCCAGCAGCAGUUCCAUACAUCGUGAGUUCAUAUAUGUAACAGUUCGUUUUGUUGUACAUAUUAUUACCAAGUGGAUAUUUGUAGAGAAAAUGUCCAUUUUGAGAUGUUGCUAUAGUGAGGUAUUAUUAAUAUCAUCAAGGUUUUCCACC